UUCGUGGAGACGAUGAAGCAGUACUGGCUCGGGUCGAAGCUGCUGUGGCUCGACGUGAAGACGGCGUCGGCGCUGCUCGGGCGCGUCGUCCAGGGCUACGACCUGACGCGGCGCGAGCGGAAGCAGCUCCUGCGGACGACGGCGGACCUCAUCCGCGUCGUGCCCUUCGCGGUCUUUGUGCUCGUGCCGUUCCUCGAGUUCCUGCUGCCCGUCGCGCUCGCGGUCUUCCCGGGCAUGCUGCCGUCGACGUUCCAGGACUCGACGAAGAAGGAGGAGAAGGCCAAGGCGACGCUGCGGGCGCGGCUCGCGCUCGCGGGCUUUUUGGGCGACGCGCUCGGCGAGAUGCGCCAGCGGUCGGCCGACGGCGACGGGUCCGCGACGGCGACGGAGCUCACGGCGUUCGUGGCCAAGGCGCGCACGGGCGACAUCGAGUCCAAGGACGUGACCAAGUUCGCGCGCACCUUCGGCGACGAGCUCAUGCUCGACAACCUGCCGCGCGCGCAGCUCGUGAACCUCUGCCGCUACAUGGCCAUCGCUCCCUACGGCACGGACGUGAUCCUGCGCUUCCAGCUGCGGUCGAAGAUCCGGGGGCUCCGGGAGGACGACCGGCGCAUCGUCUACGAGGGUUUAGAUAGCCUGACGCGCCAGGAGCUCCAGGAGGCCUGCGCGGACCGGGGCAUGCGGUCCGUCGGUUUGACGAAGCAGCAGUACCGCGUGCAGCUCGACCAGUGGAUCGAGCUCGCGGCGAACCGGAAGCUGCCCAUCGCCAUCCUCAUCAUGAGCCGCGCCUUCACGCUG